AUGGGAGUCCUUGGCCGCUACGAUGAUGAAGCGGACAAGUUGCAGCCUGCAAGAAAGGCAGCAGCUCUAGGGCGUUAUGAUGAGACAUCAUCAGAUUCAGAGAGGGGGCUCACCUUGCUUGAAGUGCCAGGUGAUGCGAAGCUUGGAGAAGGUGUGGAUCCGAUGCAGGGCAUCCAGCAAACCAUUCCCACGGGAGUUUCUUUGCCUGAGGUAUAUGUCUGGGGGGGAGUGUGGCAAAUGUGGGAUAUUUUUGUUAAGCUGAGGCUGUUCCUACAGUCGGACAACACAGUCAAAGAGCUGCGAAACCAGUACAGCCAUCGAAUCGGAGGAGCACUUGUUCAAGCAAAUGUAUUCCGACAGGUUGGCCUGCACCACAUGGUGCCAGGCCACACGCAUGAGGAUGUCGAUGGAGUGUAUCUUGACUUUUGUUUGGCAGCGUUCAGCCUGGCAGCGGCAAGCCUGGCAAGCGCCAAUGAUAUACAAACGCCUUCGGACAUCCGGCGUCGGUUGCUUCAUUCUCUGUCACCAGUAUUUACCAAGCGUGGCUGGGACUUUGAUGUAGAGCUGAUGUCAACAGUUCGUGAUUGGGCAAGCAUCGCUCCAGACCAUGUGACCUUUAAAAACUGCUUCAAGAUCCGGAAGCAAGAGGAAGGGAAAGACAUAACUCCUGUCCCUCAUGAUUUCACAUUCUUGGCCAGGCAGGAUAUGCCCAGUGGAGGUGAAGGAAUUCCCAAAAGUGAAAGAGUUCCGCGUGCAUUGCGGGACCCCUCUCAAACUUCGCGAGACAUCUUCAGCCUUGUAAAACAAAGGAUGUCAUCUACAGCACUGUGUCAGGAUCCUUUGCUUUGCAUGCCAGGGUCCUUGAGUUCAAUCGCAGAGCAGUUCGUGUCCGAUGCCAGCAAAAACAGCAGCCCGAAAUUGACGUGGCAGCUUGAAUCCGAACGCCGCCAAGAACUGUCGUUGAUCUCAAAGGGGAUUGAGCGAGACUUUCCGCAUUUGCGACGAGCAGUUGCAUGGUAUGGCACCAUGCUGGAAGAAUCUCCAGUUGCCGGCACAGUGCCAGAUUUGAGCUUUUUGAGGAAUGCGCCAGCCAUUUCUCCCAAUUUGCACGAAUUUGAGUUGGGGGUGAUCAGUGCAGGGAACUUUGGAGACUAUGUGAUGAACGCUUGGCCCACCAAGCUGGAUAUGGUGGAGUCCAUCAAGAUUCACCAACGGCUCUCCAGUGUCAAAAUUCCCUUGAGGGACGCCAUGUCCAAAGUCUGUGCAGAGUACAACAAGAUGGUGACGCUUCGCAGGCACUGCAUCGAUUCAGGUCUUCCUCACGAGAUACUACAAAUGGAUUUCUAUGUGCCAGGUUCGCUGAGCAGAAAGGAAGACGUGAAGUACAAAGGCAAAGAUGUGUUCCAAGAAGUCCUCACCACGACCAUGGCUACAGCCCUUUGCUACGUGGACCGUGAAGCUCAUCAGCGGUCUUGGGAGGUUGUGACCAAAUUUGUGGAGACCAAUUUGGUCACUUUCCAAGGGAAGAGUGCCGAGGCAGAGUCAACUGUCCUCCCCAACUGCAGGUCAUGGAUUAGAUCUGCAUCCUCAGAGGUGGGGACAGCUCCAUUCGACCACUCGAUCGUGCUGAUGCUGAACGGACCUACGGUGGGAGUAUUCUCAGCGACGCAGAAAUCAUUCUUUCUCAAUUUUGUUGCCAAUGUCAUCGCAGACCACCCGCAGAAUGCCAUUGCCUUUGUUGUUCACCCAAACAGGGCAGGGCACAGGGAUAUGAGGCUCAUGGGGUUGUUAAGUUUUCUCUACAGUAUUUUCUUUCAACCAGUGGCAGUCAAAUGUGGUCGUGCCAUGUUGUGCAAUUUUGAUGGGAUUAUCAAAUCUGACUGUCAGGAAGCCGAAAAAGGAGGAGGAUGCGUUGGCGGAGAAGUCAAUGAAGGCUGA